AUGGCUGAGGAAGGAAUCCAUGACCUUGUACUGGCACUAUGGUUGAACUGGGCGAUAACCAUGGCAUCUCUUACCAUACUCUACUACGACUACAUCCUCACUUUUGCUGAUGAAGUCCGGCAUAUCUGGUUCAGUCAACGCUUCUGGACGAUGCCAUCCAUCAUCUUCUUUCUGAAUCGCUACAUCGGUCUACUGUCUCAUGCCGCAAUAGCGUACGAAAUCUUAGGUGCUCACGCCACCAGGUCCACGACAUGCUCCUCCCUUCAAUCAUUGCACGACGCUGUAACGGCCCUACUGCAGCUCUUUGCUGCACUGACGUUCCUAUUGCGCGUUCACGCAUUGUAUGGAAAUCGAUGGAUACUCGCUUUCCUGAUUGCGAUAGGGUUGGGGACAGGUGUUGUAACCGUAUGGGCAAUAACGUCGCGACGCGAUGAGACCGAAAGCGACGACGUGCUUCUUGGCACCUUGAUAUCUGCGCUCCCGGGUUGCAACUUCUUGUUCACGUCGAUGGAUGGGAUUCGGUUUGGCGUUUCGUGGUCGGGAGUCCUCCUGUUUGACCUGGCUGUGUUCCUCCUGACGGCACGCAUGGGUGUGAGGGAGUUUCGACAUACGUCAUCGAAGCUCUGGCAGACGAUCCUGUACAACGGAGCUCUAUACUUUCUCAUCCUCUUCCUUGCAAAUCUCGUGAAUAUCUUGGCGGAGUUUGCGGCUCCGCCCUUCUUCAAAGGUAUCUUUGGCACUCCUACGAACGUGCUAUCGACAACGCUCGUCUCGCGGCUAUUCAUCAAUUUACGCGUCGCAAACGCACAACUCAUGGAGGUUCGCCGUCAGGUGGACUCAGGCAUGAUCGUUUUUACUUCGAACAUGUUCCCGUCGACAGAUCCAGGCGACAGCACCAGUACGAGAGAGGAAGCGAGAUCGGACGGGAUCGAGACGGGGCCAUCCGCAGAGCGCCACGGUGCCACAUCUAGGAGAGAGCAUGAUAGCGAAGUAGGACCGAAUGCGAUACAAGAGAUUGAAGAGGUUGGUAUAAUGUAG